AGCCUAAGCUGAUAUUAGCCAAGCUUAACUUCUUUCGGCAGUUUGCAGAUGGGAAGGGGGUGGGACGUCCUGCAGUCAGCAGUUCUCCACGAGCCCGUGAACGCGGGCGCCGGCGGCAGAGCCGACCAUGAGCUGAGCGCGUGGCGCGGACGGACGGACCGACGGGUGCGAAUUCACUGUGUCGCUCGUGGAGAAGAUGCAAGCUCAGGAAAUCCUGCGGAGCCUGCGGCUCCCCGAGUUCGAUGACCUCAGCCAGUUCUUCCGCAACCUGCCGGCCACCGCGCUGGUGGGCAUCGGCGCCUUCGCCGCUGUCGUCGCCUACUGGUUCGCCAGCCGGCCCAAGGCUGUGAAGCCGCCCUGCGACCUGCGCAUGCAGUCGGAGGAGGUCGAGGGCCAGGACGGGGCGCGCCGCUCGGUGAUUGGGGACAGCCCACAACUGCUGACGCACUACUACGAUGAUGCCAGGACCAUGUACGAGGUCUUCAGGAGGGGGUUCAGCAUCUCUGAGAACGGCCCCUGCCUGGGGUUCAGGAAGCCCAAGCAGCCCUACCAGUGGCUGUCAUACAAAGAGGUGGCUGAAAGAGCAGAAGCUCUGGGCUCGGGGCUGCUGCAGCAGGGCUGCAAGCCAUGCACGGAGCAGUUCAUUGGGGUCUUUGCUCAAAACCGCCCAGAGUGGAUCAUUUCCGAGCUGGCUUGCUACACCUACUCCAUGGUGGUGGUGCCCCUCUACGACACCUUGGGUCCUGGAGCCAUCCGGUACAUCGUCAACACAGCGGACAUUUCCACAGUCAUUUGUGACAAGCCUGACAAAGCCAGGACGCUGCUGGACCACGUGGAGAGGAGGGAAACGCCGGGGCUGAGCUCCAUCAUCCUGAUGGACCCCUUUGAGAAGGAGCUGACCGAGAGGGGAAGGCGCUGCGGGGUCCGCAUCCAGACCAUGCAGGAGGUGGAGGACUGUGGCCGGGAGAGCCGACACGCGCCUGUGCCUCCCCGGCCAGAAGAUCUCUCAAUUGUCUGUUUCACCAGUGGCACUACAGGAAACCCCAAAGGUGCUAUGCUGACGCACGGGAACGUGGUGGCCGACUUCUCGGGCUUCUUGAAAGUGACGGAGAGUCAGUGGUCUCCUACUUGUGAGGAUGUUCACAUUUCCUAUUUGCCUUUAGCACACAUGUUUGAGCGAAUGGUGCAGUCUGUAGUGUAUUGCCACGGAGGGCGCAUUGGGUUCUUCCAAGGCGACAUCCGCCUGCUGUCCGACGACAUGAAGGCGCUGCGUCCCACCAUCUUCCCUGUCGUGCCGCGCCUGCUGAACAGGAUGUACGACAAGAUCUUCAGCCAGGCAGACACCUCCCUGAAGCGCUGGGUGCUGGAGUUCGCCGCCAGGCGGAAAAAGGCUGAGGUUCGAAAUGGGAUCAUCAGAAACGACAGUCUGUGGGACAAGCUCUUCUUUAACAAAAUACAGGCGAGCCUUGGUGGGUGCGUCCGCAUGAUUGUGACCGGCGCUGCCCCAGCCUCUCCAACCGUCCUGGGCUUCCUGCGGGCGGCCCUGGGCUGCCAGGUGUACGAGGGUUACGGGCAGACGGAGUGCACGGCGGGCUGCACCUUCACCACCCCCGGGGACUGGACCUCAGGUCACGUGGGAGCCCCUUUGCCCUGCAACUUAAUCAGGCUGAAGGAUGUGGAGGAGCUGAAUUACUUUGCUUCCAAAGGAGAAGGAGAGAUAUGCGUGAAAGGACCGAACGUUUUCAAGGGUUAUCUGAAAGAUGAGGAGAGGACGAGAGAAGCGCUGGACCAGGAGGGCUGGCUGCACACCGGAGACAUUGGGAAGUGGUUACCUAAUGGGACUCUCAAAAUCAUCGAUCGGAAAAAGCAUAUAUUUAAACUUGCUCAGGGAGAAUACAUUGCACCGGAGAAGAUAGAGAACAUCUACAUCCGCAGUGACCCCGUGGCGCAGAUCUACGUGCACGGAGACAGCCUGCAGGCCUUCCUGGUGGGGAUCGUGGUGCCGGAUGCCGAAGUCAUGCCAGGCUGGGCAAAGAAGAGAGGGUUUGACGGAACAUAUGCAGAGCUCUGUAGAAAUAAGGAACUGCAGAAAGCAAUCAUGGAAGACAUGGUACGGUUAGGGAAGGAGAGCGGGCUUCAUUCCUUUGAGCAGGUCAAAGCCAUUUACAUUCACUCCGAUAUGUUCUCAGUACAGAACGGUUUGUUGACACCGACGUUAAAGGCUAAGAGACCAGAACUGAGAAAUUACUUCAAAAAACAGAUAGAAGAGCUAUAUUCCAGCAUCUCCAUCUGAAACCAUGGGAAGAACCUUCCAAGUAACGGACUUUGUAGCAAUAUUAGGAUACUGCUCAAAAGUACAGAGCCAGAAUGACACAGCUGAAGAGGAUAAGCAUCUGAAUCUUACAUCUGAGCCUUUUAUUGUUUUAGGAUUUCACCACUAACCAUCAUUUCCCUUUUCCUUCUUUUUUCAUCAGGUGUGGUAUCAGUUUUACUCUAUGUACACAGUAGGGUACUAUCAAGAAUUAUGCUAAAUUGCCACAAAAUAUACAGCAACUUCAAUCCACGACCGAGUAAAUUAUGGAAACUUAAUAACUAUACACAUUUCAAAAUUAAACUAGGGAGAGUUUCAGAUAUGUCUGUUGAUAUUUGAUUGUAUAUAACACAUUAGAGACUGAAAUUGUGGAUAAAUCAGUAAUGUGGUCUACCUCAAGCUAUCGGCGAUUGAUGGUGAAAGCCUACGUUCCCUGAUCUGUAACUUCAAGCUGGACAUCAGUUUAUAUAUUUAGUGAUAGUUUUUAUAUUUACCAGGACAUAAAUUCCAACAAUUUGACUUGAUCACUAACGGCCUAACAACCAGAACAGAAAUAAGAACAAAUCUCCUGGUACUCGUGCUCAAUAGGCCUCUUAGUGUGUGACGCCUCAAGGACGGCCACUGCUUGGGAUCACAAGAACGUGUUGGUGUGCCCAGCCCCUCUCCAGCUGAGCCCAGCACCUCCCACACAGCAGUUUGUAGGCAGCCCCACGCUCCAGGGAUGAUGCAGCACAGCAAAACAAGGCUUGCACAAGAGCCAGUGCGGGUGAGUCUCAAGCCACCUGUGUCUGGUCCUUGAUUUAUUACUUUAACACUGCUAAUGCUGCACAGUCUGGUUGGGCUGGUUCCCUUUUGGAAUAGGGCUUAGGGAAUGGAGCUGGCCUGGGAUGUGGCCAUGGAGCACUCCGCUGUGCUGGAGGAGAAGAGGAAACGUUGCUCUGAGUGGCCAUGAGGACAGUUCCAGCCCCAAGGAGCCGUGGGGUAACGCAUCGGAUGUGGCUGCCAGGAAAGCACCUCCAUGUGCAGACGUUUGGGUCCUCAGUUAUCACCUGCAGCGACCUCUCUGCAAUAAGCAGCAAGAUUUGGGAGGAAACCUUGGAUCCAUGACCAGCUGCAGCCAUUGGAAGGAGCCAGGAGCGGAGGCUGGAGCAAACUCCCAGUAAAAGCACAGAGCAAAGCACUGAGAAGCUGUAAGGUCAGGUAGUGUGAGCACUGGGACUGCUGAAUGAGACCCUCCAUACAUCUGUGUGCAUUACCAGCUGCUGUGUGCUGCACCAGCAUGAGCUACCAUGGAGCUCUGCCUGCUAGACCUCUCUAGCUAGGGCAGUGAAGGCACGCAUUUUCUCUCUUAGACUGGAAGCCACUGUAGCCUCUUGAAACUAAAAGAUAAAUUAUUAAUCUGAAUUCUCUCUCAUUUCCCCUCUGAAAUCCCAUUGCAUGCUUUAAAAAUUAAAGAAAUUGAAUUAAUGAGUUAGUUUUACACAAAGACUGAUUUAUGGCAGUAAUUUCAGAACAAAGAGAUACAAAGGAAAUUGUAGCCGUUAACAUAAUCACUCACGCACAGAGCAAGGCGAUCUGAUCUAUCAAACGUGGGAGGGUUGGUCUGAAUCUCAUCUGUGCCUGAUUCUUCACUGGAUUCCAUCGUAAUGAUUCAUAUCUGUCGAAAGCAAGAAAGAAAAAUCACUGCUGGGACCUGACGGUAUCAGACCUUCAUUUCUCAUCGCUAUACACAGCAAGAGCACCCCUGGGGACUCUGAGCGUGGGGGGCGAAGUACCGCAGGCAGUCUGGCUCCUUAGGUCAGGUCACGCAGGAGUCUCAUCUCGGAGGAGCCCAGCUCAUCCCGUCUGUGACACCCGAAAGACAGUCAUCACGUACACGCUCUCCAACGCAGUGAAGGACCUGGUACCAUCUCCCCUGUUCUUUCUGAACAACAACAAAAAAUAUCUGCCAUCGCAGUUAGUCCAGAGAAGCUAUAUCCCGUGACCUGUUUCUACCGCAUGAAUUUCAUUUACUUUUCUCCUAAGGUGAUUACAGUUUGCCUGAUUUGUCUGGACCACUGAACUCUGGCUUUGUACAAUCAGAGAAGCUCCCGAUGUGAGUUUACUUCUGGCUGUUGUCUUUAAGUAUGUGAUGCUGCUUUGUUACUGAAUAAUGUAUCUUCUUUUGGUAUCUGAUGCAAAGGAUCGGAUGCGCUACAGCCAAUGACAUGAGCACCAAAAAAAAAAAAGGACCACAAUAAGAUGAUGCAAAACUUGGGAGAAAUCUGGGGGAAAUUCACUACUAAAGUGUGAAUAUUUUCAGAACUUGUGAAAAGCUGUACGAAUAAACUAAAAGCUGCCUCUGUUA